UUUCCUUGUAUCGUGCUUCUUCAUUCAACUUUGAAACUGUGAUUUUGGCGCAUUCUUCAUGCCAAAAACCUCCUUCAUAGCAACUACACGAUUCGUGCAACGACACCGUUUACGAUGGGAGAACGUGUUCGCAUUGGUUAUUCGAAACUCGAGAUCCUUUUCAUUCACGUGUGGUUCUACUUCUACUACUACUUCUACUUCUAUAUCCAAAAACUCCUUCAAGUAUCUACUCUCACACCACAUCAACAAUCAUCGUUUAGAUGAAGCUCGUGCCCUCUUUGAUCAAAUCCCUUCCCCUCACGUUUCCCUCUACACCAUUAUGCUCCUCGGUUACGCCCAAAACCACAUGCUUCCCGAAGCAAUCAAUCUCUUUCAUCAAAUCCCCUCUAAGGACGUCGUUUCCUGGAACUCCAUCAUAAAGGGUUGCUUCGAUUGCGGCAAUUUCGUUACUGCACGGAAACUGUUCGACGAAAUGCCUCAGAGAACUGUUGUGUCUUGGACCACCGUAGUUGAUGGGUGUUUGCGGUUAGGAAGAGUUGAGGAUGCUGAAACCUUGUUUUGGGCUAUGCCCUAUAAGGACGUGGCCGCUUGGAAUUCAAUGAUUCAUGGAUAUUGUGCCAAUGGUAGAGUUGAUGAUGCUUUGCGCUUGUUUUGUCAAAUGCCUUCUCGGGAUGUGAUUUCUUGGACUUCCAUUAUUGCUGGGCUUGACCACAACGGAAAGAGUGAUCAAGCCUUGCUUCUUUUUCGGAACAUGGUGGCUUCUGGUGUUCAUCCAUCUGCUACUAGUUUGGUUUGUGGGUUGUCAGCUGCUGCUAAAAUAUCGGCUUUUCAUGUGGGUGUUCAAAUUCAUUGCUCUAUGUUCAAGCUGGGUUACUGCUGUUUUGAUGAAUUUAUAUCUGCUUCGCUUGUCACAUUUUAUGCAGGUUGCAACCAAAUGGAGACUGCGUGCAAGGUUUUUGGUGAGGUAAUUCGUAAGAAUGUGGUAGUGUGGACAGCUCUUGUGACAGGGUAUGGUUUGAAUAAUAAGCAUCGAGAGGCGUUAGAGGUCUUUGGAGAAAUGAUGAGAAUCGGUGUGCUUCCAAAUGAGUCUUCCUUCACCAGUGCUUUGAAUUCGUGUUGUGGAUUAGAGGAUCUUGAGAAGGGGAAAGUGAUCCGUGCAGCUGUAAUUAAGAUGGGUUUGGAAACUGGUGUAUAUGUGGGAAGUUCUCUUGCUGUCUUGUAUAGUAAAUGUGGGUGUAUCGGUGAUGCGAUGUCUGUGUUUAAGGGGGUUAGUCAGAAAAGUAUUGUCUCGUGGAACUCAGUCAUUGUUGGUUGUGCACAGCAUGGAUAUGGCAUGUGGGCUCUUGCACUCUUUAACCAAAUGCUGCGUGAAGGAGUUGAUCCAGAUGAAAUCACAUUAACUGGUUUGCUUUCUGCUUGUAGCCGUUCUGGGAUGUUACAAAAAGCGAGGUGCUUCUUCAGAUAUUUUGGCCAGAAAAGAUCAGUUGCACUUACAAUUGAGCACUAUGCAUGUAUGGUGGAUGUGCUUGGCCGGUGUGGAGAGCUGGAGGAAGCAGAAGCACUGGCGAUGAGCAUGCCUAUGAAAGCAAAUUCAAUGGUAUGGCUGGUUUUACUGAGUGCAUGCAGGAUGCAUUCUAACUUAGAUGUUGCCGAAAGAGCUGCAAAACAGAUAUUUGAAAUGGAUCCUGAUUGUAGUGCUGCAUAUGUUUUGUUAUCAAACUUGUAUGCAUCUUCAAGCAGAUGGGAUGAAGUAGCUCGGAUAAGGAGAACAAUGAAACAUAAUGGAGUUGUAAAACAACCAGGAUCCAGUUGGCUAACAUUGAAAGGACUGAGGCAUGAAUUUCUAUCUGCAGAUAGGUCUCAUCCUCUUACUGAGCAAAUUUAUCAAAAGCUAGACUGGUUAGGAGUAAAGCUAAAAGAAUUAGGUUAUGUUCCUGAUCAACAAUUCGCUUUGCAUGAUGUUGAAAUUGAGCAGAAAGAAGAAAUGCUGUCCUACCAUAGUGAAAGGCUUGCAAUUGCAUUUGGUUUGCUUAGCACUGUGGAAGGCAGUACAAUAACAGUUAUGAAAAAUCUUCGUGUAUGUGGCGAUUGUCAUAAUGCAAUAAAACUUAUGGCUAAGAUUGUUCAUCGUGAGAUCGUAGUAAGAGAUUCUAGUCGCUUUCAUCACUUUAAGAAUGGCGUGUGUUCUUGUGGGGAUUAUUGGUAGAACAUUGUUUGUUUAUACUGAAUUAUAUACGCAUGGCUUGUUUGGAUUAGUUCAUGAUCAGAACCAAUUUUACUUGGGCUGAUCAUGUGAACCCCCUGAAAUUAC